AUGAGCUACUCUCUGGACAAAAUGCAGGCGCUCCAGGGAAUCCGGGUUGUCGAAUUGGCAGGUCUUGCCACGACUCCCUUCGCCGGUAUGAUGCUUGCCGACUACGGGGCGAGCGUGUUGCGUGUCGACCGCGCAGGGCCGACCAAUGCGGCCAGCCCUGAUAAUCUCGUUCGCCACAAGUCUUCAAUGGCGCUGGACCUGAAAGCGCCACGAGGCAAAAAGCUGCUCCUUGAUCUGCUGGCAAACAGCGACGUCUUGCUCGACCCUUACCGUCCUGGCGUCUUGGAGCGGAUGGGGUUGAGGCCUGAGUUCUUGAUCCAACAGAAUCCUCGACUCAUCGUUGCUCGAUUGACUGGCUUUCGACGGCGUGGGGAGUAUUCCACCAUGGCAGGACACGACAUCAACUACCUGGCCGUGUCGGGCCUGUUGUCAACCCUGGGCCCAUCUGCUCCCGUAUUCCCCGAGGGCCGCCCCCAUCCACCGAGCCCGCCGGCAAACCUAUUGGGGGAUUUCGCUGGUGGGGGGCUGAUGUGUGUGGUGGGAAUCCUUCUGGCACUCCAAUAUCGAGCACGGACCGGCAAGGGCCAGGUCGUCGAGACGAACAUGGUCGACGGUGCUUCGUACCUCGCGACAAUGCCUCGGUUAUCCCGGCACCUUCCAGGGCAGUGGGAUAAGCCGCGCGGACAGAAUCUUGUCGACGGCGGCUGUCCUUACUACAACGUGUAUGAAUGCAAAGAUGACGGGACGUACAUGGCACUGGCCGCACUGGAGCCGCCGUUUUGGAAAGCCUUCUGCAAAGGCAUCGGCCUUUCGGACCAGGACUGGGGUGGCAAGCGAGAGGAUCCUCGAGUGUGGCCCAAGAUGAAGGCCGUGCUUCAGGCCCGCUUUCGCAGCAAGACUCGUGCGGAAUGGGAAGCCAUCUUCUACGAGACCGACGCAUGCUGUACCCCGAUCGUCUCCUACGAUGAGUUGGUCGCCAAGGGAUACGAGCACCAACUCCCUGCUCACUUGACCGAGAGCCCCGGCUUCGAAAUCGGGCAGGCCGGCUGGAACGACGAGGCAUUGGCAGUCGGGGUCGGUGGCGAAAACGUGCUUCGAGAGUGGCUCGGCUAUGAGAAAGGCAAGGACUAUGUCGUCGAAGAAGGCACGUUUGCGAAGGCAGAGAACAGCAAAUUGUGA